GUCAGGAGCUUAUACUGUGUGGCUCUGGGCUCUGGGCUGUGGGCGGUGGGGAAGAAAUUACUGUUCACCUCUUGUGUGUUCUUGUGACUUCUGGGUUUCUUUAACUCGCGCGCAUAUUUCCAGUAUCACUCUGAUUAUUGUAAACUGCUUCCGCCUUUCUUGGAAGGUGUUUGGGAAUUACCAGAGCCUGGAGCAGCUCAACUCAUGGAGAAGAAAGAAGGGAAGAAGAAGCACGGCCUCUCCAUCCCGGACGAGGUGUUCUGUCAGGAGGAGCUGGACCCCAUGCCGCCGCGGAACCUCGACUCCAGGGCUUUCAUCACCAUCGGAGAGAAGAACUUUGAGGUACAGGCAGACGACCUGGUGGUGCUGUCAGAGCUGGGCCGCGGGGCAUAUGGGGUUGUGGAGAAGGUUCGUUACGCUCAGAGCGGGAUCAUCAUGGCAGUGAAGAGGAUUAGAGCCACAGUCAACAGCGAGGAGCAGAAGCGGCUGCUGAUGGACCUGGACAUCUCCAUGAGGACCGUGGACUGUCCGUACACGGUCACCUUCUACGGGGCCCUGUUCAGAGAGGGAGACGUGUGGAUCUGCAUGGAGCUCAUGGACACGUCGCUGGACAAGUUCUACAGGAAGGUCAUCAAGAAAGGGAAGAAGAUUCCCGAGGACAUCCUGGGCAAGAUCGCGGUGUCGAUCGUCAAAGCGCUCGAACAUCUGCACAGCAAGCUGUCGGUGAUUCACAGAGGUAGGACUCCGUCCGUCUGCUACCGCACCUUCCUUUCUGCGCAUUCUCCUUCACGCCUUCCUCCCGGCACUUCGUUGCGUCUCCCUCAUCCUCCGGUUCUCUUUUCUCGCUCGUGUGUUGGAGACGUGAAGCCCUCCAACGUUCUCAUCAACAUCGAGGGUCACGUCAAGAUGUGUGACUUCGGCAUCAGCGGCCAUCUGGUGGACUCUGUGGCCAAGACGUUGGAUGCCGGCUGCAAGCCCUACAUGGCGCCAGAGAGGAUCAACCCUGAGCUGAGCCAGAGAGGCUACAACGUCAAGUCGGACGUGUGGAGCCUGGGAAUCACUCUGGUGGAGCUCUCGAUGCUGCGCUUCCCGUACGAGUCGUGGGGAACCCCGUUCCAGCAGCUGAAGCAGGUGGUGGUGGAGCCGUCUCCGGCGCUGCCCUCCGACCGCUUCUCGGCCGACUUCGUGGCGUUCGCGGCGCACUGUUUGAAGAAGGAUCCCAGGGAGCGGCUCGGCUACCUGGAGCUCAUGGAACAACCCUUCUUCAAGACUCACGAGUCCAAGGAGACAGACGUGGCCUUGUUCGUGACGGAGAUCCUUGACGACGGGUUCGCCGCAGGGGGGGAGCACCGGUGACCGUCCGCAGGCUGCAGCGGGGCUGCCCAGCUCCUCUGGUUGCCAUGCUCACCGCCUGCAAUGGCAUCACUCCAUGUCUGCAAAGUCUCUCUCGUUCUCUCUAACUUCAGCUACUGCUAUUUAAAGAAACAGGACUCUGGUAAAAUGUGGUAAACUGGUGUUCUCGGUACGAGCCACUUGCUGCUUUCAUUGGCCAAACACAGCUUUGCACAGUUCAGCUGGACAUUUUCAAUAA